UGUGCCUUCACAUUAUAAAAGCUAAGCUACGCUAAAUUUAUGUCCUAUCUCUCAAUGUUAAAUCAACGCUUCGAAUCUGUUCCGUUUUGAUCAGCGUCCAUAGCGUAGCUUUCAAGAGAAGACGGCAAGGUAUUCUAAUAUCGAAAAACCAAUCUUUACGUGUGCAGUGAGUGAACAGUAAACUACCACAGUGACUCACCUUCGACAUUUGGACAAAAGAGUGGAAGCAGCAAAAAAAGCUUACAUCGAGCCGCUUGGCCAGGCUUGGCAAGCAACUUGGUGAGAGUGUGGCAUAAUUCAUGCGUGUGUGCGCAUGAAUUGGUGAAUCUGUGGAGUGUGGACUGUUUGUUUAUAGUUUUGUCGAGUACAAAACUUUAUUACUUCUCCAUAAUUCGAUUUAUAUUUUAAGUGAAUGGAAUAAAUAAAGUUAUUUCACACUAUGGCGCUUUUGAUUUCAAAUAUUUGCAGACUUAGCACCUUAACAUCUUGUCGGCAGUUUCUUUGGCCAAGAGUGAAUUGUUUAACAGUUGAACCGAAAGCUGGAUUGAAACAAUCAAUCGAAGAAAAAUUGAAUCUACCAGAAAAGCCAAAAAAACCAAUCACACCAUUCUUUCGUUUUGCAAGUCUUCAUAGACCCGAAUUAAAAGAAAAACAUCCCGGAAUCUCGAUCGUUGAACUAAGUAAGAAACUAGCUCGGAAAUGGGAAGGAGCUGAUUUGCAAAUGAAACAGGAGAUGAUUGAACGAUAUAAAAGAGAAAUGGAUGAGUACGCCAAGGCCAAAAUGAAAUACGCCGUAUCUCUCACUGACGAACAGAAAGAUGCUGUUAAACGACUCAAAACUGAGGUGUUCGAGGAGAAGAAAAAACGUCGCUUGAAAAAGAAAUCAAAAGAUUUGGGGAAGCCCAAACGUCCCGUGUCUUCUUAUUUGAUGUAUGCAGCGGCUAGAAAGGAUCAGCGAGGAGACCUUUCACUUUAUGAAUGGCAGGUGCAGUUGAGUAGAGAAUGGGACCAAUUGAGCAAGGAGCAGAAGAAACCGUACGAAGACCAGACAAAAAGAGAUUUCGAAAACUAUAAGAGAGAAUUGGCGAUCUGGGAGGCCAACAUGAUCAAAGAGGGACAUUUGGAUAUUGUGCGCACCGAAGCUCUGGAGCCGAAAGCAAAAAAGCAAAUAAAAAAAUAGGAUGAGGGGUGCCCUGGUUUUCAGUUGCCAGAUGUGGACCGGGGCACGAGUGAUCCACAACAACAGACCACUGCUCCACGUUCAUCCAACAACAUUACAACAACAACAACGACUAACACACUGGUAGAUCAACAGUCCACAGGAGAAUCGAUUACAGGUCAUGAUGCACUCGAUUCUAAUCACAAGAUACUGGAAACCUACCACCAACAACCAACAAAUGCCCCUACUAUUAAAGUUCAAAAACAAACUAAAAUGAAAUGCUCGAAUACCGAUCUGAAAGAGCCAAUCAUCAUUCGUGAUGAUAGAAAAAUUCUGCAAGUAUCGAUUGAUCAACAACUAUCAAAAACUUCGAUAAUCGAUACAGAAGAACCGAUUACAGGUCAAGAUGCACUCGAUUCUAAUCACAAGAUACUGGAAACCUACCACCAACAACCAACAAAUGCCUCUACUAUUAAAGUUCAAAACCCAACAAAAAUCAAACCCUUUAAUACCCAUCUGGAAGAGAAAAUCAUCAAUCAUGAUGAGUUGAGCAAUAAUCGCAAAAUACUGGAAAUAUCGAUUGAUCAACAAACAUCGAAAACCCAGAAAAUCGAUACAGGAGAACCGAAUACUGGCAAAGACGCACUGGAAUUUCGAUUUUCCAACGAGGAAAGACCAAACGAAUCUGCAAUUCAAGAUUUAUCAAAAAUCGAUAUCCGACUUGAACCAGUCUCAGGUAAAGAUGAACUGAAAACUUAUGAGAAGAGACUGAAAUUAUUGAUAGAUCAACAAUCAUCCUCAUACCCUCCGAAUAAACGAGAUUAUUCACAUUUUAAUGCUUCCACCGUAACAUCGGAGUCACCGCGCAUCGAUGUAGAAAACCUGGUAACUGCAAGAGAAUCAUUGAAUUCUUGUAUUAACAGGCAGGAUAAAACAUCAAUAGACCAAAAGACGUUCAAGGCCCCGACUAACGAUGUAGGAGAAAAAAUUUCUUCUCAAGAGUCUGUCGAUUCUAAUGAGGAGAUACUUAUCAAUCAACUAGUCACAAAUGCCACGACUAUUGAUGUACAAGACCUAUCGGAAACCAAAACCUCGAAUAUUGAUGUAGAGGAGCCAAUCAUAAGUAACGAUGAACUCAAAUAUGAUAACAAAAAUGAAACUAUAGUAUCAAUCGAUAAGAACCUAUCGAAAACCCCGACUAUCGAUAUACUAGAAUCGGUCGCAGGUGAAGAAGAGCUUAGUAGUUAUGAAAAAAGACUGAAAUUGUUGAAAGCUCAACAAGCUACCUCAUCUUAUACGAAUGAACGAGAUUGUGUUGAUGCUUUCACCGUAAUGUCCAAGGUGUCGACCAAUACCGAAAAACUAAUCACUGGACGCAAUGCAUUGAAUUCUUAUAAGAAGAAACUUCCUACAACAUCUAGAGAUAAACAAUCAAUCAAUUUUCCGGCUUCUAAUGUAGAAAACUCGAUCACCUUCCAAGAUUCAACUGAUUCUAAUCCUAAGAGAUCAAAAACAUCUAUGAAUCAACAAAUUCCCACUAGGAGUCUUGGUAGAUUCAGUUAUAACGAGAAAAUGUUAGUAGAUCAACAAGUAUCGGAAACACUAACUGCCGAUCGACACGAAUCAAUCGUUGGUAAUAAUGUACUGGAUACUCAUGAAAAUAAAUCUGAAAUAUCGAUUCAUCAACAAAAAAUGAAAUCCUCAGCUAUUGAUAAGGAAACCCCAAUCACCGGUCAAGGUGUAUUCAAUUCUAACGAAAAAAGACUGAAUACCCCUACAAAUCAACAGAUAUUCAAGUCGCCGACUAUUGGAGUUGAAAAAACAAUUUCAGAUGUUGAUAGAAAGAAGUUUCCUAUAUCAAUGGAUCAAACAUCUUCCAAGACCCCUGCACGUGAACGAAAUUUUCCAAAUUUUAACGUUACCACCGAGAACCUUUGUCAUAGAGAAUCCAAAGUGGAAAAUCAUGUAAUGGCUCUAGUUGAGGAGCAAGAAAAGUUUGAGAGUGUCAACAGUAAAAUAGACAGUGAAACUUUUUCUAAGAAGCUCACCAGACUUAUAGAUUCAAAUCAGUUAACCAUUUUCAGUUUGUAUGCUGUAGUGAUGUCUAUUCCCAUUAUCGUAGUAUUUGUUUCUUACCGAUAGUCCUGAUAGUGUUAAUUUGUAAAUAGAAUGAAUUUGAAAAAAAAUUCUGCCAUAAAAAUAGAAAUGCAUUAUAGUUUGGUUGACUCGAAACCCAAAUUUAAAAAUAAUUAGUACCUUUAGUAUUAAAAUUCCUUUUUGAAGUGUUUUAUUUUCUUCGAUCGAUCUAAUUAUUUUUUAUAAAUAAUAAGUUUCCUGAAUUGGAAUUUUCUAGUUAUUAAGAAAAAUCGUGCUAGAUAUGAUUUCCGAUUGCCUUGGUAAAUACCGUGUUGAGAGCUAUAUUUAAAUUCGUGCUAAUUUAUUGUGUUUUGUUCACUGUUUUGUACAAAUUCCAUUUUACCAUGAUUGAUGAAUAAAAACAAGUUUUGUACAUGCAAUUUCAAUCAUUAUUCAAAGAUAUUCUCAUUUUUGAGAGUGCAUCUAUCUUUUAUUCUUUCUUUCUCUCUCCUGCAAGAUUUUGUAUGAAAUUUCAAUUACUUCUUUAAUUAUAAAGCCUAUCUCUACAGUGUAUAAAAUCUACAGAUAUUCCAUUCAUCAAAUGCGCUUUCCAUUGAACCUUGGGUAUCUGAAAACAUUUUUCUAUUGCAGCAACCAUUUUAAUAUCCGAAGAGAAGCUGAACAAGACGUAUUUGGUUGAAUCCCCUUGAUGCUGGAAUUCCUAGAUUGGAUUUCACUGUACUUUAGAUUGAGACUAGUCGAGGGUGCUAACAAUCAAUCGUACUAAAAUAUUAUUUUGUGAUGAGAGGUUGUACUUCGGUCUUUUAGAUCUGUAAGUUGAUUUGAGUCAUUUUUCAAGAAUUGAAAGUCAUUACCUUAUUGUGUUUAAUAAAUUAGAAUCAUAAAAGAGAAA